CAGCGCGCUUAGUGGUUGUGAGCGGAACUGUAUUGCGUUCAUGUGACCGAACCGACCGCGAGAAAAGGUGGGGUCAUGCGUGCUUUUCGGUCAUGGCGACGAUGUAAACAACUCUUUCGAGGUUUCCAGGGGGUGGUGGUGAUCGCGAAUUUCGUUGCAGCGGUCCGAGUGUUCCGCCCAUCGUGGAUCCGAGUUUAAAUAUAUCUCUGUGUCCUGAUCAAGAACUCAUCACUAUAUAUCUAUAUAUAUCAUCACCGAAGGAAACAAGCAAGACCAAAAAUAGAAUGACCGGCCUAAGCUUACGUGUUGCCCUGACGCUUUGCGCUUGAAUCGUCCACGUAUUUAAACAGCAGGUGCUUCGAUGACAGCUGACGAAGUUCACAGAUAAGCCAAGAUGGAUAGUGGUAGGACAAGUGCCUGCGCAUUUUGGCUCCAGACCCCAGCCUCGUUGGAUGAGGCCGCCCAGCUCUCGGCACGGGUUAACCAGCAGGCCAACUUUGGCUCGGACCUUUUCAAGCAAUCGACGCUGGAUGACUGCCUGGAGAAUGUGCCUCAGCAGUCAAGAAAAAAGCUGGAUGUUUCGGCGGAUGACGACUAUUGGAAUUCUUCUGGCCAAGUUGGAUUCAGCUUUGAAGACGAUUGGGACGACAGCAAGAGGAGUACGUCGUUCAAUGAAUUGCCUCCACAACCUCGAAACAACCUCAAACACGGUGCAACUGGUAAAGGGACGGACCUCAAGCUUCCUUCGCCUUCCUCCACUUCAGUUCCGCUGCCUUCGAGCCCACAGUCCAGACGCCUUGACUUGGGGGACAUCCAGAAGCAUGCCGAGAAGCUUAGGAUUGGGAGUCAGGCUCCCACAAAAUACUCAAGGGACACCAGCGUCACACCCGAGGAAACUGUGAAAAACAUCAUCGUCGGUCAGCCCUACUACCUGGAGCAGCAUCGAUCGAAGGAGAGCAAGGUUGCCCUGCUGAACGAGGCGAUUCGUCUGCAGGAUGGAAAUGCCAUCACAGCUGUGGUGCUGUUCCUGAAACGCACCCUGAAGCCCUCGCUGUUUAACCAGGAGCUGAUGCAGCGACCCAAGGCCAUCUCCCACUACGUAAACCACCUGCGCUCCAUCCAGGACAACACGCAGCUCGUGGACGUGCUCGGCAUGCUUGGAAGAACUGAAGAUGCAGCUAUGGUGAAAUACAAACUUGCCACGGAGAUACCUGAAGCGGCCGCAAGACUUAGGAAUCUCCAGUCGUGCCUGAAAUCUCAUUUUCAGUCAGAUCCAUUGUUGAGCUUUCAAGCGGAGCUUAUAAAAGAUGAGAUCAAACUACUCGAGAUGCAACUUGCUAUUGAGGAAGAAGACGCGAGGGUGGAGAAGGAGGGGCAGAACCUGCUCAUGCGGGAGUUUCCCCGCAAAGCCUCGGUCGUGGGGACGCCCCUGGUGUCUACACUCUACUACUGCUGCAUGUACCACUACAACACGGCAACUAGCAACAUAUCCAAUCCAAGCCAGAUGAAGGCACUGUUCAAUCUCACGGAAAAGCAGUUCACAUGGACUGCGCUCUCCGCCCUGGCCCAGAUCAAGCACUGGAAAGAGGUCGACAACCUCUUUCAGGGCAAGUCGUGGCUGGGAAAAUCGAAGAUGCGCUGCUGCAUUGGAUUUGACAAGGCUGUCGAGGUCCUUGCCAAAGCGCAGGCUCCACCCGAGGUGUUCGAGCGAUAUCUGCAGUUGGUGGACGACACGGACAGGCGGCUGUCUCUGGCGACGCAGUACAAGUGCCACAGGGUGGCCAUUGAUACGCUCGUGUCGCUUCGAGACAGACAGAGACUGAUCAGAUACAGGGACGACUUGACGCCACAGAGCGCCCCUUUCGUCGAGGUGCAGCACGUCUUGAACAACUCGGUGGUGAAGUGGAAGAACUAGGAUCUUUGACUGCCGGCUAGGUCAACAAAAAUAAAAUUAUAUUUUUUCAUAUUUA